CCACCAUUGUACCGUCCGCCAUUUUGUAUACUCGACCAAUCAGCAACCGCCAUUGCCAUGGAAAGACUACUCAUGCUGACACUUUCCCAACAGCUCUCAAAAACAACCGCGUCAUGAAAUAAAACAUAUAAUUGCCUCAUCAAUGAUUUCCGACUUACAUCGAAGAUAACCCCCCUCUCCGGGAUUGCCCCCGCUUGCAACCAAUCAGCUAGAUAACCCCACUUUCCAGUCAGGCAAAGAUUCCUUUAGUGGCAUUCCAUCGUCGCGCGUUGUCUCGUGGAGAGUCAACUGCGAGCUGUCGAUCGAUCGCGAGACGAGUCGAUAUCGUUCGAGAGCUUUCGAGAGUGCAGCAGACGACAACUCAAAGUAGCAAGUGACACGGCGAGAAAAACAACCGAAUUCGAAAAGGCGGUCCAACACUCAAGGGCGGCGAAUUUUUUAGAGCUCCGGACCGGGUCGGACCGGUGCCAUAACCUAACAAACUAGACGAGUGAAUUGAAUCCCUUUAAUUUCCUUGCACUGGUCUCGGAGCCGAACGGCGUGGUUGCAGUUAGCUGUCAACCGUGUGCUCGUCUCAUGGCAGACAAUGAGGUCGUCAUAUCAAAAAGCUGGAUUUGGAACUGGUUCAGUUGGUCAGGUUCUUCCUCGGCAAUGUUAAGAGCUGCUGAGAAAAAAAUUUUAUCAUGUCUCAAGACGGCAUAUCGUGGGUGGUAUGUUGAUAUUGGACCAGUUGUUGGUUCUGCAGACAAGAUAUGGACUAUAUCAAUGAACGAAGAGUCACCAGAAACACCAAUUCUCAUGCUCCAUGGCCUAGGUGCUGGUGUAGCAUUAUGGUGUAUGAAUCUGGAUGCUCUAGCUUCACAAAGACCCGUAUAUGCAAUAGAUUUAUUGGGUUUUGGGAGGAGUAGUAGACCAGUCUUUAGCAAUGAUGGUAAAAAAGCCGAAGAGCAGCUGGUGCGCUCGGUGGAAGAAUGGAGGAGAGAAAUGCAAUUAGAGAAAUUUAUUUUGCUCGGUCAUUCCAUGGGAGGUUUCCUUGCCGCUAGCUAUGCCAUCCAGUAUCCAAAAAGAGUGCAGCACCUGAUACUUGCCGAUCCUUGGGGUUUUCCUGAGAAGCCAGUUGAUGUCGUUUCCAAAAUGCACGUUCCUAUGUGGGUGCGAGUUAUUGCGUUUGUAGUGCAACCUCUAAAUCCGUUUUGGGCAGUUAGGCUCGUCGGACCUCUGGGUCAGUGGCUCAUCGAAAGAGCCAGACCAGACAUAGUACAAAAGUUUUCGCCGAUCGUGGAAAAUGAUGUGAGUGUCAUUUCUCAGUAUAUACAUCAAUGCAAUGCGCAAACCCCAUCUGGUGAGAGUGCCUUUCAUGCGAUGAUGCAGAAUUUCGGGUGGGCCAAAAAUCCCAUUUUAAAACGGAUUGACAAAUUAGAUCCAGACAUCCCCAUGACUCUUCUCUAUGGUAGUCGAUCUUGGAUAGAGAAUGCCGGAGAAACAAUUAAGCAGAGCAGACCAUAUUCCUACGUCAAUGUACAGGUGAUAUCAGGAGCUGGUCACCAUGUAUACGCUGACAAGAGUGAAACGUUUAAUAAGUACGUUCUGGAAGCGUGUAAAAUGCAUAUGUGGAGUGGUUUCGUCUCGCCCGCAGGCAGUCGAGAACGCAUUAGAGAACCACCGAGUACCUCAUCAUAGAACAAUUAUUAUUACGCUUGAUACAAGGUUUUAAUCUAAUUAAAUGCACUUCUUUUGCUAGAAUUUACCCUUGUGAAAAUAUUCAAUAGAACACGAUAAAAUUGGAGCAGUUCUGACACCCAACGGGCUCGAUAAGUUCAUAGGAGCCUGUUAAACUUUUAGCUCUCAUACUUUAACGUUUUCUAUAGAAUAUUUGCAAUCAGGACAGUAUUGUGCAUCGUUAGAGCCACAUAAAAUUAAUUUAAGCCAAGAGAAAACGUUAAGGCGUUCAGAGUCGAAUUUACUUGGCUAUGAUGAAUCACUAAAUUAUGAUUACAUUGAAAUACUAUUUAUUUGGCUUUAAGAGGAUUUCUUUUCCAAUAUAGUUUCUGUAUUUUCGGUUGACCAAACACUCACUGAUUUUUGUGAAGCGCGAUCUAAUGCGUACACGUUUUAUUUUAUUUAAAGAUUUAAAAAUCAGCGUGAACUGAAGAAUCUAAUAACGAAGGAAGGUUCGAAAAGAUUUUUCAUCCAUAAAGAACCUCGAUUUCGAAAAGCCCUCAAUGGUUAAAAUAGGCUACGCGUAUGCCAGUAGAGAAAUUUGGAAAGCAUGCAUUAAAAGUUUAAUGAAACUUCUUUAUGCGAAGUUUUUCUACACAAAAUCGAAAUACAAAAAUGACGCUUAAUAAGAUGACGAGAAGAAAACAGAAUUUUGCGUUUUCAUUGAAGCUAAAUUGUCACUUGUAUGAUUUCUUAUAGAUAUAAAUUUCGGAUUUAUUUUCGAGAGAUGAUUGUGAACUGCUUUAAAUUUAUAGGAACAGUUAUUGAAAUUGAUGUGCUUAACGGAAUGACUACGUUUUCUCUAAGCUUUUCAAGGUCAGAAACCAGAAUCCUAUGAAUGAUAUAAUACAAAUGCAGAUAUGUAAUAUAUGUGCGUAACAUUUUCCAGAGGCUACAUUUUUCAGAUUUGUAUUACAAAAAUUUAGCUAUACUGCACUGUUAUGGUGAAUCACUGAAAUGUAUAUUAAUAUCUAUUUAGGGUUUACACCGAGACAAUUUUAUUCGCGUGGGUAAUAUAUUAUGAAUGUUGUAAUGUGUGAACACGACAUGUGACAUACGAUAGGUAUGGUAACAUUUUUUUACAACAAAAUUAAUCUUUUGAAGUAUUUUAAGACUAGUGUAGUAAACUUCAUUGCUUGAAGUUAAAGCAUCUCUCUGUCACUUUUAAGGGCUUUGCACUAACUCUUGAAUUUAUUACUAGUGAUUCAAAUUUAAUCGUAAUAACCACACAAGCUUUAAUAUACUUCAAAAUGAUUAUACAGUCGCUGUUGUGAGAUACAUAUUAAUCGUGGUAAAAGCAUCACAUCCAUGUGAUACAAAUUCUUUCAAUAAUAUUGUUAAGUGGGGUUAUAUUUGGUACUUGUUACUUUGUUGUACAUAGUUUGUACCUUAAUACAAAUUUAUUUGUGUAAAAAAAAUUAUUAUUAACACGAAAUUUUAACAUAUCGAUACUACAGAAUGAUUUGCAUUUGAGUUUGACAGUUGACUUUUUUUUUUACUUUGAUCCAAUACACCUCAGCAGUAUACUUGAAUCGUUAAAUAAAUGUACGUACUGAAGCAGUACUGCCCAAGUAUUAUAUUUAUUUAGAAGCACACAAUAAAUGUAAAAUGAGUGACUGUUUUAUUGA